GCAUCUUCAGUGUGGGCACCCGGCUGUGACAGCUUGCGGCUUCAUAGCCGGGUACCCACUGAGCAUGCGCGAGAAGCGCUGCGCUUCGUGAAUGGUGCUGUAGUCUUGUGGGACCUGUCACGUGUCCCAAAAGACUAUGGGGAGAGAGAGGACACCUUCCACUUCCGAUCGCCUAGGCCAAGGACCAGAAGUGGGAGCAGCUCCCUGUCAAAUUCGGGUACCCGCCCUCCAAAGGUUCCAAUCCUUAAUGGGGAGCAGUCCUUAAAGCGGAACUUCCCCUUUUGGGUGGAGCUCAGC